AUGGGAGAACAGUUGGAUUCCCUGAGAGAUAGAAUGGACAUCCACCACAUAGGCUACGAGAUAGAACACCAUAUAGACAAUCACACCACCAACUCUUCAAACCCCCAUCACAGAGCCCCGUCCAGGCAGAAGAGGUUCCUCUCAUACCCCCGCUACGUGGAACUGAUGCUGACUGCUGACGUCAAGAUGGUGCGCCACCACGGACGCAACCUCGAGCACUACAUCCUAACAAUCAUGUCAGUAGUAAGUAAAACAAUUUUUUAUUAUGAAAAAUACAUUGUUGAAUCUAGAUUUGUUCUGUGCUGUAACUUACUAUGAUUUCAGGAAAUGUGACUUUUCCGUGGUACAAAGUCAUUAACUUAGUGGCUAAUGAUAUUGGUGUCUGGUUGGUAGCUUGGUUGACUUUUUACUGUACCCAUUUUUAUUAUCUAAGGAUAACAGUUUUCACCUACAAUCAUUACCCCUCUUUGUUAAUCAAUGUCAAGAUCACUGUUGUGUCUCCCAAUUAUAUUACACUGUAAUGGUCUGUUUGGGUUUUGCCCAUUAGUUUUCACCCAUGUGGAUUGAGGUUUAACCCAUUAACUAUGUUUUACACAAAGGAGAUGCAUACAGUAUUGUUCAAUGUGGCACUCAUACAGUAGAGAGACACAACACCCUAGAAGCCUUGACCUGUCGAAUUCUGCCAAACGAUGCAACUUGGAUUUUGUUUACCUGUCUAGCUUCUGCUAAAUGGCAUAUUAUUACAUUGACAGUAUGUUGGAUCCCUAAGAAUGCAAGACAUAAAUGCUGAUAGCCAGUUUUCUCUUCCUAAUGUUACCCUGAUAGCAAGCUCUCCUGCACAGUCAGAGAUGUGGUUCAUAAGGGGGUUCAAUGAGCUGACUCAACACUUUAUGAUCUUAUUGGUUUUUAGUUGGUUAAUGUUACCACAUGCUUGGGUUACCUCAGGGUUAACAACCAAAACACAACACUGUAAAAUAUGUAUUUGGAAACACAUGGGCCUCUGCUUUAGCCCUUAAAGACAUCAAUAUGAAGGACCUUAUGACCGUCCACACAACCAUUUUCACACAUACAGAUGCCGUAUCUUAAUUUGAUCAUCUUGUUGUUGCAGGAAUUUUCCUGCAUAUCAGGAAAUGUAAACUUAUAGUGUAUUCAAGGUUUAAAAAGGCUUCUAAAGUUUGUAAUUUCUUCUUGAAAAUUGUAGACUUGAUUUGCCCUAACAUAAAAUGUAUCAACCCCUACAAAAAAUGUCCAUGAAAUAUAAUCCACAUAAUAAUUCACAUUUCCUGUAGCUGCAGGAUUAUUUUCCUGCUGUAGCAAACUGGCUCAAAUUAAGAUCCUGCAUCUGUACACACACACGCUCACGUACGUGCAUACACACACGUGCACACAGCUGUCAAAGAAAAACCUGUCAAGGCUACUCAAUCAAAAAGACAUGCCACGCUUCGGCCAAACCAACAGAAACCAGACCCAGCAUUUUAAACAAGAACAGGGAAAUCAGCCAAGACUGAUCCGUCAUCAUCAUGGUGACAGCACGUUGUGCCUGGUAGUGGAGAAGGGGGCUAAUGGGUGGGCUACUAGCCCUCUGAUAUGAUGUCAUAGUGUUUACACUGACCACAGAGACACAUUCCUCUAGUGUAUCACAGCCUUGAUUGUCUGUCCAUUUAUGUACCAGUGUGAAGCCGUAGUUUAGGCUACAGCACGCACUCUGGGUCCCACUAUCUAUCCCCCUGUCUAUCUUUCUAUCAGCCUGUCCCCCUGUCUGUCUGCCCGCCUGCCUGUCUGCCUGCCUGCCUGCCUGCCUGCCUGCCUGCCUGCCUGUCUGUCUGUCUGUCUGUCUGUCUGUCUGUCUGUCUCUCUCUCUCUCUCUCUCUCUCUCUGUCUCUCUCUUCCCCUACCAGAAUAAGUAUCUGCUUCACUCAGCCCCCCAGGCUCUGACAAGCUAAAUGUUUAUAGAGGGCUAAUGAGUUCCUGUCAGAGCUCUGUUAGGAUAGCCCCAGGAGGAUAGUGACCCACACUGACAGGGCUGAACCAUAAGAAAGGCACACCAAAACGGUUUUGUCCAAGGAGUGGUGGGAUACACACAAGUCAAGCUUUGCUGACAUUUUUACAUUUUGUUAAAAUGUGUACCAUUAGUAGAGAUUUGCAUUUCUUGCCUGUGUGUUCAUCUUGUCACAGGUUGCUGCGGUCUACAGGGACCCAAGUGUAGGAAACCUGAUCAACGUCAUGAUUGUCAAGCUGAUCGUCAUCCACAAUGAACAGGUAAGAACAGGCGCUGGGGGCUGCAGUGAGUGAGUACUCUGAGACAGCUGACAUCAGCCUCUCUCUGUAGCCCUUUAGAAGGACACUGCACUCCUUGUCAGAGGAAAACCUCAAGAGAAAUCUCCUCAGAGAAAAUGAUACUACUGUCCUGUGCUACUACCAUAGCUGUGAUUCGACUAGGACUGACUGAGGGGCAUACAGCAAAUGGCCUUGUAAUGACAGAUAACUAACUCAGAUGAAAAUACUUUAAUGAGACUUUUAGAUACAUGGUUACAUUUUGUAGCUUUUUUAUCUAGGAACACCUGUUCAAAUCCUCACCACUGUCUCUAUGUUAUCUCUCACAGGAUGGGCCCUCAAUAAAUUUCAAUGCUGCUACUACCCUCCACAACUUCUGUGUCUGGCAACAGACCCAAAAUGUCCAGGACGACAGUCACCCUUCUCACCACGACACUGCACUCCUCAUCACAAGGUACUUACUGACAUUUCACCUUUGA